GUAGAAAACAGCGCUGUCAAAACUGCAGCACGCAGUCGUACUCUCUCCAGUCAGUCUCUGUGAGAGGUGAAGGUACCGUCGCAGUGAGAUCCUCCAGCCUGUUAGCUGUCACUAUGGCGCGUGUUGAGACAUCAUCCAACAGGCCCUACCACCUGGUUAUCUUCGGAGCCUCUGGGUUCACGGGGCAGUUUGUGGUGGAGGAGGUGGCACGUACUGUGUCCGAGGGUCCGAAAGGGAACCUGAAGUGGGCCGUGGCAGGCCGGAGCAAGCAGAAGCUGGAAAAAGUUCUGGAGCAGGCCGCCGGAGUACUCAGUAAGCCCGAGCUCAGGUCAGAGGUGGACAUUAUCGUGGCAGAUGUCGAGGAACCAGACUCCCUGGCAGCCAUGUGCAAACAGGCUGUAAUUGUUCUGAACUGUGUGGGGCCUUACAGGUUCUAUGGCGAGCCAGUGGUCAAAGCCUGUGUGGAGAAUGGAGCCCACCAUAUUGACAUCAGUGGAGAGCCUCAGUUUCUGGAGGGCAUGCAGUUGAACUACAGCAGCCAGGCAGCUGAGAAAGGUGUGUACAUCAUAGGCAGCUGUGGAUUCGACUCCAUACCUGCGGACAUGGGAGUCCUCUACACCAGGGACCAGUUCAAAGGAACGCUGACUGCAGUGGAGAGCUUCCUGACUAUCGGCUCAGGCGAUGAUGGCGGAUGUAUCCAUGAUGGCACGUGGCAGUCGGCUAUCUACGGCUUUUCCGACAGCCAGAAGCUCCAGAGUCUCAGGAGGAAGUUUAAUCACAAACCUCUCCCUGCUGUUGGCUCUAAGCUUAAACGCAGGGGAAAUGUGUUCUUUAGUAAUGAGAUCCAGCAGUAUACGGUGCCGUUCAUGGGCUCCGAUCCCUCCGUUGUGAAGAGAACUCAGCGUUUUCUGGUGGAGGAACAUCAGGAAAAGCCGGUUCAGUAUGGAGCGUAUGCAGGAAUAGGAGGUAUCGCCAACAUCGUCAAGCUGAUGUUUGCUGGCAUGAUGUUCUGGAUCUUGGUCAAGUUCAGCUUUGGACGCGAUCUACUCAUCAAGCACCCAGAGUUCUUCUCCUUUGGACUCUUCUCAAAGGCCGGACCAACUAGAAAGCAGAUGGAGGCGUCAUCCUUCCAGUUUGCUUUCUAUGGAGAGGGCUACACAGAGGGACAGGACCCCUCCCUGGGGAAACCGAACGGCAAGAUCCGCACACUGGUUCAGGGACCAGAAUGUGGAUAUGUGGCCACGCCAAUCGCCAUGGUACAGGCUGCUCUAACAAUCCUCAACGAACCCACAGCCUUGCCCAAAACGGGAGGAGUUUAUACUCCAGGAGCUGCUUUUGCAAAAACCACACUGACGGACCGCCUCAACAAACACGGCAUCCAGUUUUCUGUCAUCUAAAGUUUGGCCUCCCCCUGAUCCAUACUCCAGGUUUUCUCAGCACUUACUAAUAUGCAUAAUAACAGCUGGAAAGUCAUCCCGAGCACCUUGACUAGAGAUGGAGUGCACUUUCAGAUUAACCUAUUUUUGGUGGUACUUUCUGCAUUUAUCUUUUUCAUUUGGUCAGAAACUUGCCAGUGUCCCUUUGGCUUGACUGUACUAUUAACCCGCUGCUUGUAAGACAAAUGGCACAGCUGCAGCAGCAUUUUCUAGCCAAGGACAGUAAAAUAACUGUUUUGUGUAACUGGGUUUAACAUGGCUGUCCACGAACAUAAUUGCUAAUGAAAGGAGGAUUUUGUCCAGGUUCACUUUAUCAUAUCUGUACCUUUCAUCAUACCAAAGAUUGAUUUGUAACAUUUUGUGCAGACAAAAUUUAAAUUAAGAUCACAGUGUAUUCAUAAAAUGAUACUGUAUCCACAUCAUCGGGAUGAAAAUAAACUCCUCAGUUGCUUCAUGUUGUAGUCUAUAUGUCAUUAACCUGCAGACGACGCCCCGUUAUUAAAUAGCAACAGUAUAGCCGGCUGAUGGCUUCAUAGUAUAAAAUGUAAAGAUCGUGGACAUUAUUUCCCAUGGCAGGAUUGAGGAUUAGUAAAGUAGGUUGAAUCAGUGCUAGAGAUGUAGCAAACUGUAUCAAAAGUGUCAGCUGUAACUACUAUUCACCUUCUAGAAUCUUUUUAAGUGUUGUCCUUUUGAUAUACGGUAGCUUCAUGUACACUAACCAGGUAGCUGUAUGUGUCAGAAUAGACACUUGCUGUUUGUGUGUGUGCACGUACACGCUUGCCUUUCCUGGCCUGUUGGCUCAAAAUAUCUGCUAGCUUUGUUUUGAUAGUUAAUAUUUGGACUAUCAUGAAAUCAUUCUGCUUUCUUUGAUCCUUUUUUUGUGUAGCUGAAUGUUGCAACAGUUCACCUAUCCAGUUGUUUGCUUUUGAGCCUUGUCAGAAAAUGCAUCCAGUUGUUUGUGCACAAAACGGCAUGAGUUACUCCAUGAGCCUGACGGAUCCCCUCUGCUGUUUUGUUCACAAGUGUGUAGAAGGUUUGAGUUUUGCUUCUUUUUUUUAUCUGAAGCUUGUCGCUGCUGUGGACUGGAAUUGUUUCAUCCAAAGUGAUGCUGUUGAUCCCAGUGCUUGUUUUUCAUGUUCGAGCGUUAUGUGCACGUGACGAGAAAUGUUUUGGGGGUUUUGUUUUGGUGUGCUCUGCUUUGGAUGGGCCUCAUAAAUAAAACCAACUCUGCUCAGA